AUGGAUCCAGAUCAGAGCUCCAGAAGAACGAGGAAGCACAAGUACACUCCCCGGCCGCCCAAACCCCAAGCUCCCAAAUCAUGCAGAGAAGCGGACGAUAAACAAGACGAAGAUUGCACACCAGCUCGACUUCUGUCUCGUCGAUACGAGAAUCAUGCAAGACGCGAGAUUAAAGUCGAAAGAAAAUCUAGCGUGGAAGUUGCAUUUAGUCCUGGGAUUUCAUCAACCUCCCUCAGGACAUUUGGCACAAGCAAAGCUAUAGAUGGUACCACAAACAGUGGCUCGCCAUCUAAAUAUUUGGGUAAAGAGCAAAUUCGUUCAAGACGUUCUUCUGCUGCUACUGAGGAUCAAAAUGAUACCAGCACGAUAGAUGUUACUGAGGAUACCACCAAUGCAUCAGCCAGGAAAAUCAAAGGAAAGUACAAGGAACCAUGGGAUUAUAACAACUCUUGUUAUCCCAUUACUCUUCCUCUAAGGAAGCCAAAUUCUGGAAAUCCAGAAAUUCUUGAUGAGGAAGAAUUUGGGGAAGCUGCUAGUUCUGAGUAUGAUGAGAAUACUGUUAAUUCUGCUGCAGAACUCGAGCUCUUGGAGCAGAGUGAGCAACCAAAGAUGUUUCUGUUCCAGCUUCCUAAAUAUAUGCCUUUUAACGAGAAGAGUAAUAAGGGGAAGGAGGAAAUUGGUGCAUCAACAGUAUCGGGAAAGGCUGGUGCUUUAGAAGAGUUGCCAAGGGGAUAUAUGGGCAAAAUGCAGGUGUACAAGAGUGGAGCCGUCAAACUGAAAUUGGGAGAAACUGUGUUCGAUGUGUCUCCAGGUACAGAUUGUAAAUUUGCUCAAGAUGUUGUAGCUGUGAACAAUGCACAGAAAAAUAUCUGCAAUCUUGGAGAGAUUAGCAAAAAGGUUGUUAUAGUUCCUGAUCUUGAUUCAAUUGAUCUGACAAAUACUCAAAGGCAAAAAUAA